CCAUGAUCGAUGUUAAUGUCAAUAAUAUAAUGCGAUGGCGUACAAAUGAAACUUGCUUAAAAUUUCGUCAAUUCGAUUCCUUUCUUGCCUUAUUCUUCCCCUCUUCCUUCCAAUAGCAAACAUGGCGACCAACGUAUGGGAACACAUUCUGUCGAAGCUUUGGAAGAUCUCCAAUACUUUGAAUGAAAGUCUGGCCACUGACAAUCAACUCCAUGCCUUCCUUGACAGCUUGGAUUCCAAUAAAGCCGUGCUUUUCGGAUGGACUGCUUGCGGUGUCCAAGAGGGAAUCCUUUGCUCAGUCCAACACGGCCAGGCAUCUGUAAGGAUCGGCAAAGUUACUGAGGCAGACUUCAUCCUGACUGCUCGGGCAGAUCAAUGGCAGCAAUUCUACAAAGAUAUUCCGAAGCCCCCUUUCCAAAGCUAUUGGGGCAUGUAUGGCCAGAAUAUCCACCAAGAAGGUGUUGAGGUCCUCGGCAAUCAUGACCUCUUUUUGAACCUUGCAGCAGUUUGGCGGCGAGUACUUGAGUUAAGCCACGAUGCCCUUUGUGGACCCAUCCCUGAAGAGCAGAUUCCUGCUCCUUCCGAGACCGAUCAUAUCACCGGGAAAUACACUUAUCUUAAUCUGGCGACUUGGGGCGCCACCAAGCUCUUCUACGAGCAGAGCGGAGACGUAUCGAAUCCCAGUAUUGUGUUUCUGCAUACUGCGGGUAGCGAUGGCCGUCAAUAUCACGGUGUCAUGAACGACGAAACCAUGCUGAAGCGAUACCAUAUGACGGUUUUUGACAUGCCUGGACAUGGCCGCAGUUUCCCAGGAGAGCUUCAGACCCCUGGGCGACAUUCCAACAAUGAGGAUGCCUAUGUUGGAGUCAUCGCAGCUGUCAUCAAGAAGCUAUGUUUAGAAAAGCCGGUUGUUUGUGGUGCCAGCAUGGCUGGACAUGUUUCGCUUGCAGUGGCUCUGCGUGUGGAUGAAGUUGGCGCUGGGGCUGUUAUUCCAUGUCAAGCGUGUGAAUUCACGGACAUGAGCAGGAACAACUGGGCAAAGUCAGCAUUCAUCAACCAAGCAUUGUUCAGUCCGGAAUAUGUUUAUGGGAUGAUGGCACCCCUUUCCCCUCAACGGAACAAGAAUCUUCUGUGGCACAUAUACUCCAGUCAGGCAUUCUCCAUGUAUCAUGGGGACCUUGAUUUCUACUAUGGAGGAUGGGAUGGGCGUGGACGCGUGGAAUGCAUCGACACCAAGAAGUGUCCCGUGUACAUGCUGACAGGAGAUUAUGAUUGGAGUACAACACCAGAAAUGAGUGAGGCAACAGCAAUGAAGAUUCCAGGCGCUAAGUUCCAGCGUAUGGAAAAUUUGGGCCACUUCCCAGCGACAGAGAAUCCUACAAGAUUCGCACAGUAUCUCGUACAAGCCAUGGAUUAUGUUAUUGGACAAAUGAAGGCAAACUCAUGUAGUUGA